AUGACUCAAGGGCCUCACUUUCCCCUACGCGCCUCCUCCCCAGGUGCCCCGGAUGAUAAGGGACGCAACGCCAGGGCAUCCCCGCAACGCAAGGGAGAGGCGACCAAACAGCCGGCCCGUAUCGAGAACGAGGAGCUCAAGAGGGAGGGAUGCCAUUGUUGCAAGAGCGGAUGUGGGCAGGCCGUGGCAUUGCUGUUGGCUGUAAUCCGGUUGGUAGUCGGGCUGGUGGCCAUAUUUUCGGUGCUGUUGGGCAUAUUGUCGGUGCUGUUGGGCGUAUUGUCGGUGCUGAUGGCCUGGGCGUUGGUGGUCUCGGUGUGGAGGUGGGAUGGGAGCUUGCAGGGGAUGGCCGAAUUAAUUUGGAGCAUUUGGGGGUAUUGA